UUUUCACGUCAAUAUUGAUGUACAUAGAAUAUAGUGGCGCUUUAAGUGAUAACUUAAUUAUUAGCCCUUCAACACCAGAAAUAGUUCGUUUCGUUAAUGAUUCUCAUAUCGUAACGUGUAGUGGAAAUAAGGGAGUAAAAAUUUUGUGGCAAAAUCCAAAAGGUGAAAUUCUUUUGAUAACAAAAGGUCGAAUUCAUGUUGAAGAAAUAUCAACAAGAGGCAUAGAAAACGUAGCUCUUGUAUUUGAAACAAUAAAUGUUAUGGAUGCAGGAUAUUGGUUUUGCCAUAUUAAGGACACCGCUACUAAACGGUUCUUCAGAUUAGUUGUGAAUGAAGAGAUUUCAUUUAUGGAUACACCGACCCUUCAAAAUACUACUGAAAAUAAUGAUGUUACAAUCAGAUGUGGAGUAAAAGGAAUUCCAGAGCCAAGCGCAGCUUGGUAUUAUAGUGGAAAAAAAAUUUUAUUUCCACAUGAAAAAUAUACCAAACUUGCUGACGGACUCCUAAUUAGAAACGUUACUAAAAAUCAAUCAGGAGAAUACACAUGUAGAGCGUAUCAAAUUUCUGAUAAAAUUAACGAAUAUGAUGAAAAAACAAUUAAGUUAACGGUCCAUCAUAAACCAAUUUGUAUACAGGUAGAAGACAAGGAUAAUGUAAAAUUUGGAUACUUAAAUGGUUAUGUGAAUUUAACGUGUAUAUGUACAGCAAAACCAAGAUCCAUCUUUUCAUGGUACAAUAAUUUUGGAACUAGAAUGGAUAAUCAGUUUCAGUUGAAUACACAAAUUUUCAACGAUGACCAUAUAUCAGUAUUACAGGUGUUUAUUAAUGAUAGUAAACUCUUUGGAAAAUACACAUGCACUGGACGUAACAACUUGGGAUUUGCAGAAAGUACAAUAGUUCUCACAGAAGGAAAACGACCUGAUUUACCGAAUAAGUUUGAAAUACAAGGAUUUAACUCUGAUUCGGUUAGUAUUGAUGUAGAAGCAACAGGAAGCGUGGACAUUGUGAAAUAUCGAUUUGAUCUUUUGUCAGAUAAAGAAUAUAAAGAGAAAGAAACUUGGAAUACGGCACAUAGAUAUGAGUUUCCAACAGCUAAUGGCAAGGUAUAUUUAAUCAGCGGCUUGAAUCAAAACACAACAUAUUUAAUACGUGCUGCCUCAUAUAAUUUGGCCGGUUCAAGCGAGUAUACAGAAUCUAAAGUGUUUACGACUCUUCCAAUGAAGCUUCCAGUAAGCUCUGGAUACUGUUUAUCAAAAUAUAGCUUAUUAAUGUUACGAGUUUUGUAUGUUGUUGUUGCUGUUUUUCCUCCCAUCAUUUCUGCGACUUUCGUCUGAUUUUUUCAUUGGAAAAUAUUUAUAUACAUACUACAUCUAUGCAUGAACCACUAUUAUGAUUGAAAAAUUUUAAGGUAAAUUUGUUUUUGACGGAUAACACGUUGAAUCGAGUUUGUUGAAACGAUUUAAGCUGUUGAAAUGAGAAUUUGUUGAAAUUUGACAGGAGCUGUCAAGUAAAUAUUUCAACAAUUUUUAGUUAAAUAAUUUUAAGAAAUCAAAUAAAGUUAGUUGGUUUAUGACGAUUUGAGAUCCAUUAUCAAAAUUGAUUUUCAUUGAGUCGCUCACUUAUUGAAACUUUCAACAGUUUCAACACGUAGCUUGAAGACCCUAAAUAAAUGAUAAUGCAAUAUAUGUAAAUACAUGUAGUACAUAAAUGUAAAUAGAUAGAUCACAUAUUGAUGCAUAUAUUCACUUCUUCCUAUAAAAAUGAC